ACUAAAUGAAACAGUUCAAUUACAGACAGCAUUAUUGAUGUUAUGUUUUUCAAUUACUGCAUUAAUUAUUAUUUUCACAGUUCCUGUAAUCACGUUUGAACCUGUUUGGAUUGGAAACGCUUUUUCGAUGGAAUCGUUUCAAACUAUAGUCGAUAAUGAGGUGUUGAUGGAAUCUUGUGGAAUUCAACAGGAAUCAAAAAUCAAAAACUUUCCUUGGGCUGUAUCAUUCACUGUUGAUGGUGUCAAUCGAUUAGGUGGUUCAAUUAUAAGUCCUUAUCACAUUAUUACUGCUGCACACGGUUUCAUCACAACAAUUGGUUCUCGAGGAAAUCUAUGUGAAAAUAAGAAUUGGAAGAAACCGAACUCGUCAAUCUAUCGAUCGAUCAAAUUCCUUCGUGAUACUCGGAAAGUUGCAUAUGGGGGUACAUGCAUUCGUGGACACACUGAUAAAUAUCCAAAUGAUCCAAGAUGCAAAAAAUCUGAUGUAAUCCAUAAUAAGGUCAGAGCAGUGCUUGUUGACGGGGAAUUCGCGUCUUCCAACUGUCUAAAAGGUCAUGACUGGGCAAUUGUUGAAGUCGAGAAACGGAUUCAUUUCAGCGAAAACGUGCGUCCAAUUUGUCUUCCACGCCCUAACAUGUACUACACAAAGUCAUUGGCAGUUCCUGGAUGGGGAAGAAGUUACAUUUUUAAUGAGUCUGGCCCGCUGAUUCAUGAGAUCCCAAUGCGAAUUGAUAGAGACUGCAAGCGUCCUUGGAGUGAUAGGUUACCAGCGGAUGCGGACGAUUUCAUAUGUGCUACUUCAAUGAAUGUUUCAAAUUAUUCAGCGCCCAGAACUUGCCACGGAGAUAGUGGAGGUGGUCUCGAAUAUCGAGAUGACAAUUAUGGACGUGCUUUUUUAAUUGCAAUUACGUCAUUUGGAACUCGUGGGUGUCCCAGCAAUAUGCUUGCCAGAUUCACAAGAGUAGAUAUGUAUUUGAAUCUAAUUUGUAAUUAUACUGGAGUUUGCUAUUAAUAUGUAUUUUUGAUGUUGGGAUUUUGUCUUAUUUUUAUUUUUGUGUUAUAACUAACAAUGUUUGAAGGAGGACCAACGAUUCAGACAAUUUUCAACGUAUAAACCAAAAAUGGGCUCAAUUGAACGAAAAAUCGUAAUGGAACUUCUCAAACAUUUUUCUAAAUUUUUUUUAUGUGGUUGAAAAUUUCGAAAAUAUUACACUUUUUCUAUUACACAUUAAGGUAUAUUUAAACCCGAUAGGUAACCAAUUUCACUUGUUUUCGGAAAAGUAGCCAAAAUACGAGAUUUUAGCUCAAAUCAGUGUAAUUUUUUUCGAAAUUUUGAACCGCCAAAAUUUUUUUUAUGCAUAAAAAAAAUUUUCGAAACUUUUAAAGUUUCAUUACGAAAUUUGUUCAUUUGAGCCCAUUGUGUGUCUAUACGUUCAGAUUUGUCCGAACCGUUAGUCCUCCUAUAAAAUAAGCCUAUGUGAAAACAUUCAAACUUUCCUUCCAUUCCCAUAUGGAUAAACUCCAUCGAUUAGUUUUCUGUCUAAACGUUUGCAAAUUAUUUUACGGGUAUUUAUAUUGUAAUUUUACUAAAUUUUGAAAUAAUUUCUAUGCGGAAAAAAUUGCAUUUUU